AUGGUACACUGCAGGUCAGAAUCAACUAUAAUUCAAUUGUUGCAGUACAGAAGAAACAAAGAAUAUGAUGUAGAAAGACUGCCGAAAUCUGGUAUUACUUCUGAUGUGUUAAACGAAGCUACAGCAGCGUUCAUAUCUACAGUUAUUCAAGAAAUGGGACCAAAAGCAACACAACUCUGCCUAAAAGAUACAACAUACUUUCAAUUGCUCGAUGUAUUAGAUGAUUUGUUUCCAAAGUCAAAAUUCAUUUUAAUGGUUAGAGAUCCAAGGGCUGCUGUAGCAUCUGUUAUAAUGCAAGAUAUAAAAAGAGGACAUAAAUCGCAGAAUAUUACCACAACUAUUCUUGAUUAUGAGGAAAUAGCAGAACAAAUGUUGGAAGAUUGUCAAUACAUUGGGAAACGUCGAUGCUUAUUUAUUCGCUAUGAAUGUUUGGUGCUGAAUUCACGCUUCGAAAUUCAAAAAAUCCUCGAUUUUCUUGGUUUACCUUGGAGUAAUAAGUUCUUGGAAGACGAAAACAUGGAGGGCAAUAUAUUUAUGCAACACAAAUACAAAGUGAAUUCCUAUCAAAUUAUCAGACCAAUUCAUAGAGAUUCUUUAUAUUCAUGGUCGAAAAAGAAUUCAGUAUUAUCAGAGAAAUAUAUCAAAUUUAUGAACAAAAAUAGCACAUUACUGAAAGCAUUACAUUAUCUUACAGAAACAGUUCCACCGAACUAUGAAAGUCUAUGUCAUAAGUGA